GUACAUGUUUUACCUCUUGAUGAAUGAUGACAGUGGACAUGCAUGUUGAUUUUGAGUCCUGUCCAUCCAGAGCGACACCAAUCCGCCGGACUGCGCGGUCGUGCUCACCACUCACAGAUGCAGCGCACCGCGGUCUCGUCACCUCGGCCCACCGGCCGCAUCGAACAGGAAAAUCAAUCGUAUGCUAGGCCCGUUCUCCGGCUCCCCCCCUUGCAUUCCGACCUGAAAAAUCAAGCCUUUUCUUUUCUUUUCUUUUUUUUUCUUUCGUUCAUGGGGUCCAAUGGCCCGACCUUUCUCCCUCGAAAGGUGAAGGGCUGAAGGCGAGAAAGAAGCUUCAAAACGAAUCAUCCAUCAUCUUGCCAACCCAGCAACCCUGCCAAGCCAUCGCAUUCCAGCUCUGCCUUUGCAAGAUCGCCGCCACUCGCAGCCAGCAAGCAACCAUUCCACCACAUACUUUUUUCCUCCGGUUUCGUCCGGCGGCGAGCGAGCGAGGUAGCGCUUGUCCAUGCCGCGGCCGUGAGGGUGAUCGAACGAGGACUACUUCGGCCUAGCGCGGGGAGCCAUGUCGGCGUCGGCGUCGGCGGGUAAGCUGGCGGCGGCGCUGCACCGGAGGACGCGCAGGGUCACGUCCGCGCUGGCGUGCGCGGCCCUGGAGUGGGUCCUCAUCGCGCUGCUCCUCGUCAACGGCCUGCUGGCCUACGCCGUCGCCAGGUUCGCGGACUACUUCGGCCUCAGCCCGCCGUGCCUCCUCUGCUCCCGCGUCGACCGCCUCUUCCAGGCCGAAGGCGGUGGCGGCGGCGACGCUAGCGGCGCCGGCGCGCGGUGGCUGCGGGACGCCCUCUGCGACGCCCACGCCGCGGAGAUCUCCGCGCUGGGGUACUGCCUCCGCCACCGCCGGCUCGCUGAGGCCGGAGAGAUGUGCGUGGGCUGCCGCCCGUCGUCGUGGAAGGAGAGGACAAGCGACGCAGGUGCGUGCGCCUGCUGCGAAGCUGCUGCUGUACUGCGCGCUUCUCCUGUGCGCGAGCUGGAAGAUACUACAAGGGAUGCGCGUGUCUCGGAGAAAGAGGUAGAAGAUGGCGACCAGGGCUACGUUCUGCUGGCUCAAGAUGAUCACGAGGAGGAGCCGGAUGAGGUCGAAAACCGACAACAAGAACCGCAGAGCGAGGUGGAUGGCCGACAACAUCUGGAAGACGAGGUGAUGGCUGCCGUUCAGGACGAAUCCUUGGAAUUCAUGGAUCAGGUCGAAGACAUCACGAUCGAGGACGACCGGUUGGUGUCGGUGGUGGCGCUUGACGAGAUGACCAUCGCCGAUGAUUCGGGUCUCCAUCGGGAUGUAGAAGAGGUGGACGGAACGAAUCAUGUAGUAGAAGAUGAGCAGGAUCCGAGGGAUGUGGAUGUCGGAGCGGUUCUGGAGGAGAAGAGGAUGUUGGAUUCCUCGGUUGCAACGCCGGUCGAUUUGACCGAGGACUCUGUCGUGCCCACCAGCCCCGUACCUUGUCCUGAGACUUCAACAGACCCAUCUCAUCCUGAUCAUAGCUCCGUUUCCCAAGACGAUGGAGAUGUUCUUGAAGAUACUUCCACGGCCGAGGAAGAACACAUCUUUGUGCCUCAAGCUUCAGUAUCGGAAGCCGUUUCCGAGGAUGACAACAGAACAGCUGCUGAGGUGGACACGAACUGCGAAGUGUCAAUCGGGAGCGAUAUAUGCGAACGGGAACAAGAUGAGCAUGUCGUUCCAUUUCAAGAUUUGGCAGCAUUUGAGGAGCUGGUUGCUCCAUUGGCAACUGGAGAUGAUCUACCAUUGCCAUCGGAGGUCCUAGAGCCACCUGACCAAGAAGCAGGUGAAGUUGAACAGGAGGACGUGACCACAAGCACGGGAUUAGACCUCCAACCAAAUGAACAGAACGAGAUCGAAGAAGACAGAGCACCUGAGACGCCGACGAACAGCGUCGCCACACAACGCUCCGACAGAAUGUUCUUGCUCGAGAGGAAACGGUCGCUGUCGCUGUCUCUGGAUGGGAGCGUAGCGAGCGAGAUGGAAGGCAGCGAGCCGUCCACCGUGGACCAGCUGAAAUCAGCGCUGCAGGCCGAGCGGAAGGCGCUCGGCGCGCUGUACGCCGAGCUGGAGGAGGAGCGGAACGCCGCGGCCAUCGCGACCAACCAGACGAUGGCCAUGAUCAACCGGCUGCAGGAAGAGAAGGCGGCGAUGCAGAUGGAGGCGCUGCAGUACCAGCGGAUGAUGGAGGAGCAGUCGGAGUACGACCAGGAGGCGCUGCAGCUGCUGAACGAGCUGGUCAGCAAGCGGGCGAGGGAGAAGCAGGAGCUGGAGAGGGAGCUCGAGCUGUACAGGCAGAAGGUGCAGCACUACGAGGACAAGGAGAGGAGGAGGACGGCGAGCUUCAAGGCCAAUGGGGUAAGCCCCAGUGGCAGUGGCACUUCCGUGUCGUCCAGCGGCGAGGACAGCGACGGGCACUCCGACGACUACUGCGAGCUCGGCGACUCUCCUGACGGCGGCAACGUCCAGAGCUCAUCGGAUGCUGCCCUUAGCUCCAUGAGGGACCAGGACGACGGCACGAAGCACCUAGCGGCUCUGGACGAUUCCUUGACGUACUUCGAGGUGGAGAGACUCUCCAUCCUGGAGGAACUCAAGACGUUGGAGGAGAGGCUCUUCACACUGGAAGACGACGAUAUCAACACCAGCAAAGAAGUUACUGGCCAUUCCUCGAGUGACAUGGAUUUACCACACGAUGGCCUUCAGUCGCCGGAGUACAUUCUCACCGGUGACAGGCCAAGAUUCGGAGGAAGGGCCUCUAUCAGCAGAGGGAAGAGCCUUCUGCCUCUGUUCGAUGCAGUCGGCGACGAGGCCUGUGACCGAAUGCCGCCAUCUGCAGGAGCAGGAGAGGCAGACCAGGCCGACGAUGCAGCAACGAAGCCGGCAUCCGUGCUUGUCAAAGAGCAGGAGAGGCUGGCGAUCAUAGAGGAGGUCGACCAUGUCUACGAAAGGUUGCAGGCGCUGGAGGCGGACAAGGAAUUCCUGAGGCACUGCAUCAAGUCCCUGAAGAAAGGAGACAAGGGCAUGGACCUUCUCCAGGAGAUCUUGCAGCACCUUCGCGAUCUCCGCAGUGUGGAGCUUCACGUCAAGAAUGCCGGUGGUGCCAUGGCUGCAAAUUCAGCCUAGCAAGUUCAUCUAUACGCGGUAACGAUGACACUACUAGCUUGGUAUGGAUUCAGUCGAUUGGAUUGUAGGACUCCAAAGCACUGCAUUGGUGAUGGUCCCUGCAAGGUACUGCCGGAGUUAUAGGGAGGCUCUGCUCAUUUUGCCUGUGGGCCGGAAGCAAGCCCUCCCUUUUGUGCUGGUCCAGCACUGCCAACUUUUUCUGUCGUGGUGGUCGCCUGGUCUGGUCGGUCGGUCGUAGGAAUCAUUAGCCCUUCCAAAGCUGCACAAAGCUGAAUCACGGUGACAGCUUCUGCAGCAUGCACGGGGCAAAAGAAAAAAGAUAGCCCCAGUGGAGAUGUGGAUGUUUUUUUUUCUUGUCUGAUUUAAUCUUUUGAUUAACUUUGGAUUUGUUUGUGCGCUGAGGUAGGGAGUCCUCGUGUAUUUUUUUUUUGGUGAGGAUGUAGCUUGAACGGUUGGUAUGUGCAGUUUGUGCUUUCUCAAUAUCCAGGUUUAUAAUGAAAGGAAAGGCGGUCUCACGAAGAAA